AUGUCCUCUCGACCGUCCGUGAGUGGCCGAAAAGCAAAAGGCGAAUACAUUGAGACAGAUUCUGGAAACAAAGUAUCUCGUCGCGCCGCCAUCAGCGGCACGCCAAACAUCACCCUUGCGGGCAAGACCGUCAUCAUGGCUGAAGCGCAACUUCGAGGAGAUCUCACGCGAUCCAAGGCGUCCACAUCUACGGACCCGAAAACGGCGAAGCAGUCGAGCACGGCCAUUGCGAUUGGACGAUGCACCAUCGUCUGCAGCGGAGCAGUGAUCAAGCCUCCGGGAAGGAUGAGCAAAGGCUCGUGGACGUAUUAUCCAAUGAAAAUUGGAGACAAUGUUUUCAUAGGGCCCAACUCUCAAAUCUCAUCGGCAGACAUCAAAUCACACGUUCACAUAGGCGCCAAUUGUGUUCUUCAGCCAUUCUGUAUCAUCCGAGAAAAUGUCAAGAUACUCCCUGACACAAUCGUACCUGGGGGAAUGGUCGUGCCGCCGAACAGCGUGGUGGGCGGACGACCCGCCAGGAUAAUUGGUGAAGUCGGAGAAGGCUGGGGAAGUUCUGUUGCUGCAAUUGGCAGUGGUGGAGAAAUCGUCGAAGGUGGCGACUUGAGAGAAUUAGUGCGGAGCAUCCGGUAG